GUAAAAACGAUUUCUGAAGAACCAAAGGCUAAGACCAAGUGUAGAAUGUAGCUGGUGAAAAUUGGUGCAAGAAUAUAAAUGUUAUAGUACUGCUAUUAAUCAAGCUAGAGAUGAUAUCCAUGAAAAAGUAAAAGUAUUAUUGAUCAGGUAUGAGUGUGAUAAAUCUGACAAUGAGACAGUCGAACAUCUAUUACCGGGCAUCUCCCUAGAAAGUGAAGUCGAUAGCACUCUUCAGAGGACACAUAUCCCUAUUAUAAUCACCCUUAUUAAACAGAAAUAUAUUUCGAGCAGAGAAGUUGGCGGGAUCCUGAAGAUAUCCAGGUUUUUGACUCUUAAUGUUGUAUCCAGACACCUUAAUAAUUAAUUAAUACCCUAAUUACACCUUAUAAUUACCAAAAGUCUUAUAUGUAAGAGUAAAGAGAUGUUUGUUUGUAAUUCAUUUUCGUAAAAUACUGUACAUGACUUCAGCCGCAGAUAUAUUUCCUAAAACUUCAAGAUAUUAAUGUAAUAUUUCACUAAUCCCUUGUCCUUGGUUCUAUAAUUUAUUCAUUAGUCAUUACUGGCAGUAGACUGAGUUUAUUCCAUGCCACUUCAUAAAUAAUCAAAAUGAUGGAGCAAACACAAUUGAAUAAACUGCCGCAUCGGUUCUAAAAUAUAAAAAUUUAAUCCCUAUUUUCCAAACAUAGAUUUGUAUUGUACCUAUAUCGUAAUAUAUAUGCUUUGAUAUUUACUCUAUAGCCUAGCAUUUCAUAGCUAUAAGGUCGUAAUAAAGAUUAAAGGUUUAAAAGAAUUGGAAGCAAUUUUAAAUAAUUCUCAAAGCGAGUUCUUGAAACACAGCAACCUAAUGUUGUAUAAUACAAGUCAUGAAAAUAUUAAUACAUAUAUUAUAGGUACAGACAGCGCGCAGGCUAAUAUAGGAAAAGAGAUUUAAGUUAAAAGUCACAUUCAAACCACAGGCACAGUGUAACAUGUUGGCUCAACGUCAUCAAACAUCGAUGGGUGUUGAAGGCAACAUUGCAUGGUCAUGAUAAUGUUGGAUCAGUUUUGACAUUAUUCAAAGUUUUAUCCAACACCACCAUCGUUCAUGAAUGGUACGUUAAUUGAGGGUCGCAUUUUUUUACAAAUUCUAUAUGGACAGUAAAAAUUUAUUCACCAAUAAUACAAAUAAAUAGGUAAAAUUUUAUAAACGUCAACUUGGGUUCGAUUCUCAAAAACAAACGUGUUUGUUUCUCUUGUACUGCGCAUGCUCGUAAAUAUACGUUGCCCAAAACACUAUUCACAAUACUUCUAUAAUACAACGUUUAAAAUGGGAUCAACUGAUACGUCUAUAUAUACCUCAUCUAAAAUUUAAAAAAUUUAAAAAACUCCAGCGGCCUUGGCGUUUAGUCAGUGCAAAAUCGUCCACAAAUUGCAUGUCAUGGCGCUGAUUUAUCGUUACUAAACUUUUUCCUUAUAUUAUAGGCAUAACUACGCGAAUGUGGAGGUUAUGAAAUGUACUAAUAAAUGACAAUGAUUAAAUAUCUUCUCAUUUUCCUUGCAAUAUUUGCCAGUUACGGUGGAAGUGCUUCUAAUAAUACGUUGGAAUUACCAAUAACAAUAAAUCCACUGCUACAAGAAGCCAUACAGCGAGGCAGCUUUACGGAUGUUUUAAUUCAAAGAAAUAUAACCUUUUUUGAACACGUAACAUUUAGUGACAUAGUUACAAACCUUAAAUAUAAACCUCUCCCUCAAAUCAACAAACAUUUGAAGUCAUUGGUUGUACUUGGAUUGGCGGCAAUAGGCAAUGGUUUGACUGUCGAGAAAUUUCUACAGCCAAGCAAAUGGACAAUCAUCAUGUCAUUAGAAGAACUAGCGAAUGUUUCAAAUAAUUUCACUUUGCCUUUAACUGACGAAGUAUUUUUUUACACUAUUCAAGAAGCAAUGUUUAAAGUUUUGGAGAAAAGAUUUAACUUUAAGACUGAAGAAAUAGCAGAACAUUUAAAUACCACAAAAGAUGAAGUAUAUGCGUUUUUGGAGCCAGGAUGGAUCAGGGUUGUUAAUUUUAUUACGGAGAAAAAUAUUUUAGCGCUGUCAACAAAUUAUACAAUUCCACCAUUUUACAUUGCUGAAGCUCUCAACAUGUCGUUACCAGACCUUUACAACUCAACACUGCCACAGCUUGAAGACAUACUCGUGAAUAAGCUUGAUAUUAUCAAAGGUUUGUAAAUGUCUUUGCAUGCAGCAGUAAUUAGUAACUAAUUUGUUGAGUAUCAAAAGUCGACGUUUUAAAAUAGUCAAAUGAAAUUGCAAUGAAUGAAAAUACUAAUCAUACCAAAUAAUAAUUCUAAUUAAUAAUCCAAUUAAGUGUAUCUAGUUGAGCAAGAAACUCUUAUUCGUGGUAAAAUUUGUUAAAGCACUGCACACGAUGCCAGCACAAUAAUGUCAUUUCAACAAUUACGAUCCAGAUUUAAACGACGCAAAAUCUAUAUAUGACACUCUCUCGUGAAUUGCCAUGUUUCGUACGCCUAUACUGUACAUUAAGUCAAUUUUUAAAGCAGGACAACUAAAUUAUGCAGCGUCAGCAGUAAUUUAUGUCAUAUAAAACACGACGCGUAGCGGAGUGUUUUAUAUGUGAUAAAACACGACUACAAGUGCUUUAAAUAGCUUAAAAGACGAGUCAUCUUAUACGAGUUCAUUGGCGAAGUAAUUUUUAAAAUAAACUUUGUCUAAACCGAGAAAAUCAAAGCUAAAGUUUAUGUAAAUUAACGUGAUUUUUUAUCACAUAUAAAACCAUGACACGCUUAUGAUUUUUCUUUGUGUUUUGCUCCUGAAUUAUUAAUGAGUUUUUUAAAUGUAUAUAACUCGACUUAGACAAUUGAUCAGAAUAUUUUACUUGCAUCCAAUCACUAAAACAGAAACUAUUUAAAUUAAACCGAAAAACAAACGAUUACGCCUAUUUUUGAUACAAGCUUUUUAUUCUUUCUGCCUCGUAUGGAAAAUGACAUCCCGAGAUUAAAUUAUUGGAUUUUAAAUUGUGUCACUUUAUAAGUCUUAAUUAGUUUUACCCAAUCAUAGGAAUGUUCUACCAAUAUGCUAUAUAUAUACAUACAUAUAUAUAUAUAAAUAUAUAUAUAUAUAUAUAUAUAUAUAUAUAUAUAUAUAUAUAUAUAUAUCGAUCUAUAUAGAAGUACCAGCCACAGGUUAUCAUAGAUUUGUUUGUCGUAAGAGCAUUUUGAUUUAUAUAUUGCAUUAUGUACCGUACCAUGUACGAAUCAUAUUUUUUGUUUAUCACUUUGCAGAAGCAGCAGAAAGGUGGAAACGUAUUAUAUCCUCAUCGAUUGCAG